AUGACAGAGCAUCAGUAUCAAACGAGAAGUAGAGGUAGGGCCUUUGAAGAUGUGGAGAAGGAGUAUUUUUCUGAUGAUUCACUUGCUACUGCAGAUGAAUCACUUUCGACUGAUGAUGGUGAUGAUUAUGUGAACUCUGAGGCACCUGUGAAACCUAAACCGAAAAGCUCAUCAACUAAGAAGUCCAAAAACGGAGGUAGUAAUUCAGCAGGUGUUGAUACAUUUAAUAAGUUGGCUGCGAAAGAUGAAAACUUCUUGAAUCGAAUUCAUUUAGAUGCGCCUCCUGACUUUGUUCCUGACGCAGUAUCUGGGCGUUUUAGAUCUAGUGAUUUUACGUAUUUGAAGCUAAAGCCCGAUCAUGCAUCUAGACCGUUGUGGAUUGCGCCAAAUGACGGUAGAAUAAUCUUGGAAAGCUUUUCUCCUUUAGCAGAGCAAGCACAAGAUUUCCUUGUCACGAUUGCGGAGCCUGUGAGUAGACCUUCCCAUGUUCAUGAGUACAAAAUUACAGCUUAUUCCUUGUAUGCUGCUGUUUCAGUGGGAUUGGAAACGGACGAUAUAAUUGCAGUGUUAGACAGACUUUCCAAGGUUCCUGUUGCCUCUUCGAUUGUUAAUUUCAUUAAGGGAGCAACGGUUUCAUAUGGUAAGGUUAAGUUGGUCAUUAAACAUAAUAGAUAUUUUGUGGAGACGUCUCAAGCCGAUAUUUUGCAGAUGUUGUUGAAGGAUAGUGUUAUAGGUUCUUUGAGGAUUGACAGUACUAUGCCACCUUCUAAGAGUACUCUUUUAACAGAUAAGGAUGGAAGGGCAACUUCUGCGCCGGAUGCGAAUGUUGAUCCUAACGACGUAGAAGCGGUUUUUACCUCUAUUGUGGGAGGUGAUAACGAACUAGAGGAAGAAGAUGAUGAUAUAGAUGCAGUUCACUCUUUUGAAAUAGAUCGUGAAUCCGUGGAAAUUGUCAAAAGAAGAUGCCAAGAGAUCGAUUAUCCUGUUUUAGAAGAAUAUGAUUUCAGAAACGACCAUAGAAAUCCUGACUUGGAAAUCGACCUAAAACCAUCCACUCAAAUUAGACCCUAUCAGGAAAAGUCUCUAAGUAAAAUGUUUGGUAAUGGUCGUGCUAGAAGUGGUAUUAUCGUUUUGCCUUGUGGUGCUGGUAAAACAUUAGUUGGGAUCACGGCUGCGUGUACUAUCAAGAAAUCGGUCAUAGUAUUAUGUACUUCAUCAGUGUCGGUUAUGCAGUGGCGUCAACAGUUUUUGCAAUGGUGUACAAUUCAACCAGAGAAUGUUGCAGUGUUUACUUCAGAUAACAAGGAAAUGUUCCAGACAGAGUCCGGUCUUGUUGUGUCAACCUAUUCCAUGGUUGCAAACACGAGAAACAGGUCACACGAUUCUCAAAAGGUUAUGGAUUUCUUAACUGGGAGAGAAUGGGGUUUCAUUCUUUUAGACGAAGUCCAUGUGGUGCCAGCUGCUAUGUUCAGAAGAGUUGUUUCUACUAUUGCUGCUCACGCUAAGUUGGGUUUGACUGCCACCUUAGUUCGUGAAGAUGACAAAAUUAGUGAUUUAAAUUUCUUGAUUGGGCCAAAAUUGUAUGAAGCAAAUUGGAUGGAAUUGUCUCAAAAGGGACAUAUUGCCAAUGUCCAAUGUGCAGAGGUAUGGUGCCCUAUGACAGCUGAAUUCUAUCAGGAAUACUUAAGGGAGAAUGCUAGAAAACGGAUGUUGCUAUAUAUUAUGAACCCUACCAAGUUUCAAGCAUGUCAAUUUUUGAUUCAAUAUCACGAAAAGAGAGGAGAUAAAAUUAUUGUUUUUUCUGAUAAUGUCUAUGCUUUGCAAGAAUAUGCUUUAAAGUUGGGUAAGCCUUUCAUUUACGGCUCAACCCCACAGCAGGAACGGAUGAACAUUCUACAGAAUUUUCAAUAUAAUGAUCAAAUUAAUACUAUAUUCCUAUCGAAAGUUGGUGACACGUCCAUCGAUUUACCUGAAGCAACCUGUUUAAUUCAGAUUUCAUCGCAUUAUGGCUCUCGUCGUCAAGAGGCCCAACGGUUGGGUAGAAUUUUAAGAGCCAAAAGACGUAACGAUGAAGGUUUUAAUGCGUUCUUCUAUUCAUUAGUUUCAAAAGAUACCCAAGAGAUGUAUUACUCUACGAAAAGACAAGCGUUUUUGGUUGACCAAGGUUAUGCGUUCAAAGUAAUCACGCAUUUACACGGCAUGGAAAACUUGCCCAACCUUGCCUAUUCUUCUGCAAGAGAGCGAAGAGAAUUGCUACAAGAGGUUCUAUUGAAGAAUGAAGAGGCUGCCGGUAUUGAGAUUGGGGAUGAUUCCGAAAAUUUCAUUGGUAGAGGCUCUAAUGCAGCUAAGCGGGCUAAGUCGAAGGCUGUUAAAGGCGAAGGUUCUUUAGCCGGCUUGGCGGGCGGAGAAGAUAUGGCUUAUUUAGAGUAUUCAUCAAAUAAGAAUAAAGACCUAAGGGAUCAUCAUCCAUUGAUCAGAAAAAUGUACUAUAAAAACGUAAAAAAAUAG